AUGGGAAUUCCCGAACUUCAGGAACAGUUGCGAGGAGAGGGCGACUGGACCAGCACACACCCGACCAGCGAGACUGGCCUGCACGCUGUGCCUCGCUGCAACACCAGCCUGUUCAGCACCAGCCUGUUCAGCACCAGCCUGCUCAGCACCAGCCUGUUCAGCACCAGCCUGCUCAGCACCAGCCUGCUCAGCACCAGCCUGCUCAGCACCAGCCUGCUCAGCACCAGCCUGUUCAGCACCAGCCUGCUCAGCACCAGCCUGCUCAGCACCAGCCUGUUCAGCACCAGCCUGCUCAGCACCAGCCUGUUCAGCACCAGCCUGUUCAGCACCAGCCUGCUCAGCACCAGCCUGCUCAGCACCAGCCUGUUCAGCACCAGCCUGCUCAGCACCAGCCUGCUCAGCACCAGCCUGCUCAGCACCAGCCUGCUCAGCACCAGCCUGCUCAGCACCAGCCUGCUCAGCACCAGCCUGCUCAGCACCAGCCUGCUCAGCACCAGCCUGUUCAGCACCAGCCUGCUCAGCACCAGCCUGCUCAGCACCAGCCUGCUCAGCACCAGCCUGUUCAGCACCAGCCUGUUCAGCACCAGCCUGCUCAGCACCAGCCUGCUCAGCACCAGCCUGCUCAGCACCAGCCUGUUCAGCACCAGCCUGUUCAGCACCAGCCUGUUCAGCACCAGCCUGCUCAGCACCAGCCUGUUCAGCACCAGCCUGCUCAGCACCAGCCUGCUCAGCACCAGCCUGCUCAGCACCAGCCUGCUCAGCACCAGCCUGCUCAGCACCAGCCUGCUCAGCACCAGCCUGUUCAGCACCAGCCUGUUCAGCACCAGCCUGUUCAGCACCAGCCUGCUCAGCACCAACCUGUUCAGCACCAGCCUGUUCAGCACCAGCCUGCUCAGCACCAGCCUGCUCAGCACCAGCCUGCUCAGCACCAGCCUGUUCAGCACCAGCCUGUUCAGCACCAGCCUGCUCAGCACCAGCCUGUUCAGCACCAGCCUGUUCAGCACCAGCCUGUUCAGCACCAGCCUGCUCAGCACCAGCCUGCUCAGCACCAGCCUGUUCAGCACCAGCCUGUUCAGCACCAGCCUGCUCAGCACCAGCCUGCUCAGCACCAGCCUGCUCAGCACCAGCCUGCUCAGCACCAGCCUGCUCAGCACCAGCCUGCUCAGCACCAGCCUGUUCAGCACCAGCCUGUUCAGCACCAGCCUGCUCAGCACCAGCCUGCUCAGCACCAGCCUGCUCAGCACCAGCCUGCUCAGCACCAGCCUGUUCAGCACCAGCCUGUUCAGCACCAGCCUGUUCACACCACCUGUUCAGCACCAGCCUGUUCAGCACCAGUCUGCUCAGCACCAGCCUGCUCAGCACCAGCCUGUUCAGUACCAGAUCUCGCGCGGAAGUCCCAACGCUAUGUUUCCGAGGCUGCUUCCUGGAGACCUGUCAGUGCUGUUAACCGUGGUCUCUUCGUUCAUCAUCUUGAUUGCAGGUCUCGACACGAUGGUGUCUGUGGAGGACGUGAAGCAGCUGGCCGUGCUGACUGACGUGCGCAACUCGCUGCGCUGCUUCCUGGAUGCGCUCCAGGACUCCCUGGACGUCGCGCUCAGGAGCAGCGAGGGCCUGCACAAGGUUAUGCACAAACUAAAUGAACAAGAAAAGGACAUUUUCUCUUUGCAGAAGAAUGUGUUGCACGCAGUGGACAGUGCUGUACAGCAGUUUCAUACAAUUAUUCAGGUCAAGGAUAAAGAAAACGAAUAUAACCUUUUAAAGGUUCAAGACUUAGAGGACAGACUGAAGAGGUCUCAGAAACUAAUUGACGACUCCACAGACACUGUAACACGUGUAACCAGUUUGGUUCAAGACUUACAGGACAGACUGAAGACAUCUCAACAACUUGUUGACGUCUGUACAAACAAUUUAACACGUCAAAAUAGUAUGGCACAGCAGCUUCAAACAAAGAUUCAGUACAAGGAUAAAGAAAUUGAAUCUAAUUUUGUAAAGGUUCAAGACUUAGAGGACAGACUGAAGAGGUCUCAGAAACUAAUUGACGACUCCACAGACACUGUAACACGUGUAACCAGUUUGGCUCAGCAGCUUCAAACAAAUAUUCAGUUCAAGGAUGAAGAAAAUGUAUCUAACCUUAAAAAGAAUCAAGACUUACAGGACAGACUGAAGAUGUCUGAGAGACUUCUCGACGUCUGUACAGACAAUUUAACACAUCAAAACAGUUUGGUUCAAGACUUACAGGGCAGACUGAAGACAUCUCAACAACUUGUUGACGUCUGUACAGACAAUUUAACACAUCAAAAUAGUUUGGCACAGCAGCUUCAAACAAAGAUUCAGUACAAGGAUAAAGAAAUUGAAUCUAAUUUUGUAAAGGUUCAAGACUUAGAGGACAGACUGAAGAGGUCUCAGAAACUAAUUGACGACUCCACAGACACUGUAACACGUGUAACCAGUUUGGUUCAAGACUUACAGGACAGACUGAAGACAUCUCAACAACUUGUUGACAUCUGUACAGACAAUUUAACACGUCAAAAUAGUUUGAUGAAAUCACAAGAAGAAACUCUACAAAAAUAUCAAGUAAAUGAGGAAAUACAGAACAGAACAAAGCAGCUGCUGCUGGAGUUCAGCGCGACGAAGGACUGGGCGUGGCUGAGGCGAGGCCUCGAGGGGGUUCUGAACUCGUCCAGCGAGGCCUUCAGCCAGCUCCAGGACGUGGACUACGGUGACAGCGACCCGCUCUACAAGGUCGGGUUCCGAGGCCACGUGGCCCUGGCGAGGGAGCUGCUGACCGGGGGCCUGGACGCAGACACCACCGACGGUGAGGGGCAGACCAUGCUGCGGGGCGCCGUGGAGGGCGGGCAGGCGCGGGUGGUGAGGCUGUUGCUGGACCACGGAGCGGACCUCGAGACGCAGGACGGCGGCGGCCAGACGCCCCUCAUGACGGCGGCGGUCCACGGCCACCGGGAAGUGGUGGUGAUGCUCGUGCGAGCCGGCGCCGACACGAGCGCCAGGAACCACCUGGGUCUCCGCGCUCUGGACCUGGCACGGAGCGAGCGCCACUCUGACGUGUCGCAGUAUCUCACCUGUGCCUAGCUCCGUGAGUGGUGUGAGCCGGGCUGCUUCAAACCACCGACACAUCGCUGUGGACCUGGCACGCGGACUCAUCAAGCCAACCGCCAUCUUGGAUUGUGAUGUCGCGACCGCCAUUUUGGAUGACUUUAACAUUCGUACACACUAUAAAUGACUCAAAAUUCCCUGACAUGAAGCAUCUUCAAAUCACUAGUCACCUGGACAAGUUAAAAAUAUAGAUGAACCGCCAACCACCAUGAAAAUUGAAGUGGAUGACAAUGCAACAAUGGCAACGGAGAAAAAUUAUGUACCAGCUCGAGAAAAAAAAAAAGAAUUCACGAUUACCAAUUUGAUGCAGGAGAGAAAUUCGCGUAAAAAUAGUCACAAGUUAAUGCAAUGGUUUGACCAUACAUGAUACCUUCAACUAGUAGGAAUGGCAUGGUUUUCGAAAUGGUGACUUCUAUUAGAUAAGCGGCAUACUGGCAGCUGGUAGAUGGGGGAAUUAAAGUCGAUCUGGUGACUUUCCACCAUGUUUAAUUAAUUUGGUAUUUUUAGUUUAAAAUUACUUUUUUUCGCAUGGACAAAAAUCUCACCGAGGACUGAAAACGAUCGAAUAUAUAAUCUCAUUAUAAGUGAUUUUUUGAUGGUUUUUGGAAAUUUCCAAAGUUUUAAGUUUAAAAUGAUAAAUUUUCAAGAUGGCAGCCAAGAUGUCUGAAUCGAUGGAGGAUGCCAUGGAAGUCUGGUAAUAAACACUACUGGUUUUUGGGGGGAAAAUAAACCAAGAUUGAGUCAACCACUUAAGCUGACGAUGUGUGCACAAUGCAACACUACUAGCACUCCUAGUGGCAAGUAUUGGAAACAAAGUUGGCGGCUUGGCCUCAAAAAGGUGCUGUUAUUAUUAAUUAAUACCAGAAAAAAUUACAAGACUGUAUAUUUAUUUUUAUAUAUAGGUACCUCAUUUAAUUCUCAGUCUGGUAAAUGUCCUGAUGGCUGUGUGGCCUAAGGCGUUUUUUUUUUUCCAUUCCAGAGGUCCGAGCUGUCAUGGUGCGAGUUACUUUGCUUCCUAUGUAUUUUUUUUAAAGCAGUGGUUCUUAACCGGUGGUCCGCGGACCACUGGUGGUCCCUGGAGGCAUUCCAAGUGGUCCGCGAAGCCAUCCUAAUAAUAUGUGACGUAAUGAGUAGAGUCGAAACAACGCGAGCCGCGCGUGGCACGAGUCCGAAGGCAAAAUGCGGUGCAAGAGGGCGGGGGGUGGCGGUUUCGUUCCAUUCGUUCUUUGUUUUAUCGGC